AGUGUUGUUUCGCAUGUUUUGACUCGAAUCGCGUUGAAUGCACAUGUGGAUUGAAAAUAAACCCACCUACCAGCACACAGUGGACAAGUGCGGCUGCUAGAAGGAACAUCACAAUUCUGUUCCUUGCUUUUGAAAAGAUGUGCACCUGAGAAUUGAUUGAUUUACGUGCUUUUCCCUUUUUACUGUUCGAUUACUAACACCAUAGGCGCAAGGCGAGUUUUGUCAGUGGAGUGGAGUAGAUAGCGCAAUUUAUCAAUAAAAACACACGCCAUGCUUUCAACAAUCUCAAUUAUUGUUAACUGCCGAUAAGAAACUCUCCAUGUAUAUCAAUGCUUAGUGUUACUGUUUAGGUGUUCACUUUUUAAAAUACUAAUUUCAUUCGUAAAGUGACCAUGCAGUGAUAUCGACGCAAGUUGUGUGGAUAAUUAUUAGCCGUAACUGUGGAUUGUUGAUAAAAAAAAAGCAAAAUGAUCUUGCCACGUUUUCUGAAAUCACAAUCAGCCAUAAUCUGCAUUGGUUUGUUGAGUAUGCUGAUAUUGUUUACCUGCUAUCAUCGGUCAAUGAAUGCGAGAAUAGAGAGUUUACAGUUGCAGUUGCAAGACCAUCAGUUGCGGCGAGGAAUUCAGCAUCAUAUUUCUGCCAACAAAGCGCCCGACUCCGGCGCUGCUUCUGUGCUUCACAACUAUACAGAGCAUCCGACGCCUGAAAGUUUCGUUCCACCUCCGGGUGAUAUGGGUGCUCCGGUAAUCAUUCCGGACGAUGCCCCUCUGGGGGUUCGCGAAGUUAUGGAGCGGCAGUUCAAAACGUUUGCCCUGAACGAAUACGCCAGUUCGUUGAUAUCCGCGCAUAGACGACUGCCCGACUUCAGGGAUCCUUGGUGUAAGGAAGAGGGGCGAAUAUUGGCGCAUCUACCGCCGACUACGGUGGUCGUUGUGUUCUUCAACGAGCCCUGGUCGGUGUUGGUGAGGACGGUGCACUCGGUGUUGGAUCGAUCGCCGCCACAGCUGGUCAAGGAAGUGCUACUGGUGGACGAUUGUUCUUUUAUGCCUCACACAAAAACCCAACUGGAGGAAUACUUUGCCAAAGAGCUAAAAGUACGUAUCCUGCGAUCGACAGAGCGGCUGGGCUUGAUCAAGGCGCGCUUACUGGGAGCACGCAACGCCACUACGGAGGUCCUAACCUUCCUCGAUGCCCACUGUGAGUGCACGGACGGAUGGCUCGAGCCGCAGCUGGAUCGAGUGGCAAGGAAUCCCACAACCGUUGCCCUGCCCACCAUCGACUGGGUUGACGAACACAACCUGGCGUUCAUAUCGAACAAGUCGCACAUAUUUUACGGUGCCUGCGAUUGGGGGCUGCAGUUCGGGUGGCGUGGUCGAUGGGACCGCAAGGUGCAACCGGAGAAUAAACUGGAACCGUUUCCCACCCCUGUGAUGGCUGGGGGACUGUUUUCCAUCAAUAAGACGUUUUUCGCCAAUCUGGGCUGGUACGACGAAGGGCUGGGAAUCUACGGAGCCGAGAACGUUGAACUUUCGCUGAAAGCAUGGAUGUGUGGAGGGCGACUGGAAACGAUCCCUUGCUCGAGGGUUGGCCACAUACAGAAGGCUGGUCAUCCGUACUUGAACGGCGUGAAGACCGAUUGGGUGCGAGUAAAUUCGGUUCGAGUGGCGGAGGUUUGGCUGGAUCAAUAUUCACAGGUCGUAUACGACAUGUUCGGUGGUCCGGAAUUUCGAGGAGACUUCGGGGAUGUAUCCGAUCAGAAAAAGAUGCGGGAAAAAAUGAACUGUAAAUCGUUCAAGUGGUAUUUGGAGAACGCCUUUCCUGAGUUGGAGAGCCCUGUUGAAUACGGAGUGGGUCAUGGAAAGUUCACGAAUUUAGGAACAGGAGCCGGGUUCUGUCCACGCUACCGGAAAGAUGGGUACACUUUCAGGAUGGAACCGUGUAGUGAUGACAAUUACCAGCACUGGGUGCAUAACAUGCUUGGAGAGAUCAGCACCGGGAAUAUUUGUCUGGAUUAUGAUGGAAAGGCUCUGAAGAUGUUCGGAUGCCACAAGGGAAGAGGAAACCAAGACUGGCGAUAUUAUAAAGACAACAAGCAGUUCAAAAGUGUAAAGCAAAACAAAUGUUUGUCAGUCGGGCCAGCUCCCAAAAGGAAUUUGGUGGUGGAAACAUGUGAUGUGACGAAAGAAUCUCAAAAGUGGGAGUUUCCAUUUCUGAAAUUAGACUGACAGAUCAAUAAUAAUACAAAAUAUACAGCUGUGAUAGCCGUUCAUAUUUGUUUUAUAUUUAUUUGUG